UCACGGCGCUGUUUUUGUGUAAUAAUACUUCCGGUGUACGAUACAGGGGGAGCGCAAGUGCGGUUUUUUGUCAAUUAUAAACCAUUUAGUGAAAAGUAAAACGAGUUGACUGAUCUCUGGACUGUCUAAUAAGGUUCAGCGGGAUCGCUGUAACUGACGACAAACAUGGAUAUCCCCAAUCCCCCCGAAGAUCAAGAACUGAGGAAUGUCAUUGACAAGCUGGCCCAGUUUGUUGCUCGGAACGGGCCAGAGUUUGAAAAGAUGACGAUGGAGAAACAGAAGGACAACCCUAAGUUCUCCUUCCUUUUUGGGGGAGAAUACUUCAGCUACUACAAGUGCAAGCUUGCUAUGGAGCAACAGCAGCAUCCCUCUACCAACGAUGGGGAGGAAUAUAAAUCUGAAGAAAUGUACAACCCGGGGGCCAAAGAAGUAGUUGACAUCCCGCCUCCACCGAUGCCAAUAAUGGCUGCACCUCAGAUUCCUCCACCUGCCUCAGCUUCAAUGGAUGAGCUCAUCCAACAGAGUCAGUGGAAUCUGCAGCAGCAGGAGCAGCAUCUGCACACACUCCGACAGGUACAGAGCAAGAAAGAAACAAAUACACCUGGCACACAGGACAUUUUCACCUCAGGGAUCAUUCAUUCAUCUGCUUUUUUUUUUAUGUGUCUUCUCAGCCAGCGGAAGCAGCAGAAGGAUUUGUUGGCAGCGCUGCAGAAAGUUGUAGUUCCCAUCUACUGCACCAGCUUUCUGGCUGUAGAGGAAGAGAAGCAGCAGAAGAUCACCAGGUUGUUGCAGCUGUGGGAGAAAAAUGGGUACUUUGAUGAGGAGACCAUUCAGCAGCUCCAGAAUCCAGCACUGGGCCUCGGCCAGUACCAAGCGUCUCUGAUAACCGAGUAUGCUGCGGUGGUGCAGCCCAUUCAGCUGGCCUUUCAGCAGCAGAUCCAGGCUUUGAAGACACAGCACGAAGAGUUUGUUGCCAGCCUGAAGCAGCAGCCACAACCUACCCCUCUAGCACAGCUAGCAACCCCUGCUGAACCUGAAAAGGCCCCACCUAUGACCACAAAAGCUGGGGAUGUGAAGCCUCCCAUAUCAGGUCCUCCUCCAGGGGAGUUUGAUGGCGCUUCAUCAAGGCCCCAGGACCCCAGUAACCCCAGUGGACCCUCAGAUAUCCCCUCUAACAAGCCUGCGUGGUAUGACCCCCAGCACAUGGGCCCCUGGAACCCCAACCAGCCGCCUCCUUUUGACCCAAACCAGCCACCCCCUCCGUGCCCACCGUGGAACAGCCAUGAGGGGAUUUGGAAUGACCAGCGGGACCCAGGAAACUGGAGUGGAGGUCCACCCAGAGAAGGCGGCCCCUGGAGCGGUCCAGGUGGGUCAGACCAAGGCCCUCCAUCCUGGAACUCAUAUGACCAGCAGCCACCAUGGGGUAACCAGCCAGACCAGCCUCCGUGGGGCCAGAGGGAGCCCCCAUUUCCUCCACGCAUGCAGAGACCUCCCCAUUUCAGAGGGCCCUUCCCUCCUCACCAGCAGCCACCUCCUUUCAACCAGCCCCCACCACCGCACAGUUUCGGACGCUUCCCACCACGCUUUAUGCAGGACGAUUUCCCUCCCAGGCACCACUACGACAGGCCGCCAUACACCCCACACCGCUUUGACUAUGCUCAGGGAGAUUUUCCCGGAGACAUGCCAGGUCCUCCUCAAAUUGCUGUGGGUUAUAGUAAACAGCUGGCUGUGGUUUGUUCCUCCACCAGUGAAGGCUGGGAGCAGAAUGGCCUGUAUGAGUUCUUUAGGGCCAAGAUGCGAGCCAGGAGGAAAAAGGGACAGGAAAAACGCAACAGUGGUCGUGGUGGCAGUCGCUCCAGGAGUCACUCUCGCAGCAGAGGGAGAUCUUCAUCUCGCUCCAGCUCUCGCUCCUCAAAGUCCUCCAGGUCACGGUCUCGCUCGUCUCGCUCCCAGUCACGCAGCCGCUCCCGCUCCUACUCACGAUCCAGGUCCAGGAGUAGAUCCAGGUCAUCACAGAGUCGCUCUCGCUCCAGAUCCAGAUCCCGUUCACGUUCACCUGCCAAGAGACGCCGUGGCCCCAAAUCCCAGAGCUCCUCCCCUCCCUCCACAUCAGUGUUGGGUGCCCCUCCCUCCAAACUGACAGCAGAUAUCAGGCUAGGAGAGGAGAACAAAGGCCAUCAGCUGCUGAUGAAGAUGGGCUGGAGUGGUUCAGGUGGUUUGGGGGCCAAAGAACAGGGAAUCCAGGAUCCCAUCAAAGGAGGCGACAUCAGGGACAAAUGGGACCAGUAUAAAGGUGUGGGGGUGUCACUGGAUGACCCUUAUGAGAACUAUCGAAGGAAUAAGAGCUACAACUUUGUCGCCCGUAUGAAGGCAAGAGAGGAAGUCAAUCGGGAACCUCAGGAGGCCCCUUCAACUGACUAAUGUCAUCAGAUAGCAUCAGACAACUCCUUAUCUUCCCUGUCGCUACGUCCACUGAGGAUCUCACUGUCAGUUUUCAAUCCAGGAUUGUAAUCAGAAGUCCCAAAUCCUUUCUAUUUACUCAGAGACCAGAGUGAUGAGACAAAAGUAUUACCACAGUUGUGAAACCUUUGAAGGAGGGCAAAGCCUUUUUGCUCUCUGAUCAAUCAAGAGCCUGGAUUGAUGUGUCCGAGCAAAAAGCAUCGUAUUUGCAGAUUGAACAGUCAGCACUAAAACUAGUAACACUGCAAAACUUAUCAAGAAUUUGUCAUUUAGCAGUCUUUGUAGGGACAUUGGAACUAAUGAAAAAGAUUUGUUGCAGUACUCACUAUUUCACUCCCAGUGUUUCUGUAUUUUUUUAAUCGGCCUCUAAAAAGAAUGUUGGACCUCCUUCAAGUGUGUAGGCUGAUAACAGAGGGCUGACACAGACUGUGCCUCAACAUUUAACAGCUGCAGAAACAAAUGAGACAAAUGGUUAAAAAAUUAAAAUACAAAAAAGUGAAUUGCUCUGAAUAUUAUGGAAGUUCUUUUAAAAGUUAGUGGACAGUCUUUAAUUUGUGUAUGAAUGUCAACAUUUGAAUGAAGAGGUGUGUUAAAUGAUUUUAAUUGGGGUUUUACAAUAUUGUUUUCUUUUGUCUCCCUGGAGUUGCUGAGUUAAAGGGUCAGUCAACCUAAAUCAGAAAAAUAAAUAAAAAUGUCAUUUGCCUCUCGUGGUAUCUCCAAUAAAAUGCUUUCAGUUUUA